AUGGACCCUCAGAGGACAAUAUUAGCUGGUCCUCUGCCUGCUAGCAGUAGGCAGGCAGCACGAAAAAGUUUCGCAAUAACAAACACUUACAUCAAAAGUACUAAAAAAGAAAUUGUUAGUGUCCACACCAGCACUCCUACUGUAGAAAAUCUAUCUUUUCAAAUUGAACAAAAUCAAAUUUACCAAGGAGACGUCAACAUUCUUUCAAUCAUUGAUACAAAUAAAGAUAUAAUGUGCUGCAAAUAUACGGAAGAUGUAAAUGAGAUAGCAGCAGGAUUCAACGACGGCACUAUGAGAGUGUUUAGUUGCAAUACUGGACAUUGUAUCCACACUCUAGUAGAUGAAGAAACUCGCGCAUAUCCUGGACCAGUAACAGCCAUCAAACAUAGACCAGUUAGCAAAGCAAACCCCAUUACUAACAUGUUGUUAUCUUCUUAUGUAAAUGGAUGUAUCAAAUGCUGGAAAUACAAAUAUGACCAAUGUUUAUAUACCAUUCGGGAGAAGCGCCAAACAUUGGGAUUAAAUUAUCAUCCACGUCACAGUAAAUUUGUCACUUACGGCGAUGAUGCCAAGUUGAACAUGUAUGAUGAAGAAGCUCAGACCCAAGAACGUGCUUUUUACUCUAGUAACCAGAAGAAUAAAGUGGAUGGGCAUACAUCAAGAAUAUUUGCAUGUGCGUUCAACCCAAGGUCGCAACAUGAGAUGAUAUCUGGAGGCUGGGAUGACACAGUCAUGUGUUGGGACGACAGACAACCAUAUGCUACUCGUUAUUUUGUUGGUGUCCACAUGUGCGGAGAAGGUCUUGAUUUUGACAAACCUGGACGAACAAUACUGACAUGUUCUUGGCAAGAGAAAGAUAGUAUCCAAUUAUGGGAUUACGGUUCGUGCAAAUUAAUUGAAACUAUUGUACCAGACAACUAUCAAUCAAAACUAUAUUGUGGUAAAAUGGUACCACAUACAAACUUGAUUGUUUGCGGAGGAUCAGACUCCAAUAUAUUGAGAGUAGUGGAUACAAACAUGAAAGUCACCGAAUGCUGUAUAAGAAAUAAUCAAGGCGGCAUUUACGCUUUUGAUUUUGGUACAAUCAGAAGAAAACCGAGGAAAGUUACAGAGACCUACAAAAAAAUAAGCGAAAUACCAAAUGUACCUCGUGUUUCGUUUGUUACUGGAAAAAGAUUGCAGACCGUAGACUUUGGUUGA